CCUAUCCCACCUUUAAUACAAGUUAAUGUCAGAGAUGUUAAUGACAACGAACCAACAUUUGGCGAAACAUUGUACAAAGCAUCAGUGAAAGAGAGUGCUGGAAUUGGGCAAAGUGUUCUUACUAUAUUGGCUACAGAUCUUGAUGAGGGCCCAAAUGGGGAAGUUGAGUAUUUUUUCGGUGAGCACACCUCUGAAUCCGUUAAAGGGGCCUUUGACGUUAACGUUAAGUCUGGAGAGGUAACCGUUAUUGGGAACCUAGAUUACGAGGAUGUUAAAAUGUACAUGUUUGAUGUUAGUGCCAAAGACAAGGGGCAACCAGAAUUAACAGGGCAUUCAUCGGUUAAGAUAGAUAUAAUUGAUGAGAAUGACAAUGAACCGGAAAUUAAAUUAACCUCAUUACCCAGCCCAGUUAGCGAAAAUGCCACAAUUGGAACUGCAGUGGCCUUAUUGAACGUCAAGGACAAGGAUUCAGGAGACAAUGGCAAAGUUGAACUGGUUGUUGCUCCUGGUUAUCCAUUCAAACUAAAACCCUCUUUUGAUAACCACUAUUCUUUAGUGACAGACUCUCUCUUGGAUAGGGAAGUGAAUUCAGAGUAUGAUGUUCAGGUAAUUGCGACUGAUUUAGGAUCCCCACCAUUGACAACAAGCAAAUCUGUACACGUCAAAAUACUAGAUAUUAAUGACAACCGGCCAGAGUUUACGCACGCAUCUUACGAUGUAUAUGUAAGGGAAAAUAACCCUGCUGGUGCUUCUUUGUUUUCUGUGUCAGCCGCAGACAAAGACGAGAGUAAGAAUGCAUUGUUAACUUAUUCUAUAGCAGACACAAAAUUCCAGGAUAUCCCAGCCUCGAGCUACUUCUAUAUAAAUGCUGAAAACGGCACACUUUACAGCAUGAAUUCAUUUGAUUACGAGAAGUUAAAAUUAUUCCAAAUUGUCGUACGAGCCAAGGAUCAGGGUUCCCCAUCUCUUAGCAGUAAUGCCACCGUUAAUGUUUUUAUUCUUGACCAGAACGACAAUGUCCCCGUUGUCAUUUACCCCUCCGCGAGCAUGGGCUCUGUGUCUCACCAGAGGAUGCCCCGCUCUGCUAAAAUGGGGCACCUCGUUACCAAGGUAACAGCUGUGGACGCAGACUCGGGCCACAACGCCUGGAUUUCCUAUAGACUGGCGGAAGCUACAGACUCGUCUCUGUUCGCUGUCAAUCUUUACACUGGAGAGGUGAGGACUAAACGCUCUGUUUCAGAGCAGGAUGACGCCUCUCAGAGACUGCUCAUAGAGAUCAAGGACAAUGGAGAGCCAGUGCAGUCCACCACAGUCACAGUGGACAUACUCAUAGAGGACGGACUGCACGAACCCGUCUCUGAUUUCAGACACAAAGCCUCAGAAAAAGACAAGAAAAACAGUAAAAUCACAUUCUAUUUAAUCCUGUCAUUAGCCUCCGUAUCUGUGUUAUCUUUAUUGACAUUUUUCAUCUUACUAAUUAAAUGCGCUAGAAGUAGCAGAGGGGGCGAAAGUUGUUGCAUUAGAAGAGAUUCUGAUGGCUAUAAGAAUCCCAACAGAAACCUACAGAUCCAGCUCAACACUGACGGGCCUAUUAAGUAUGUGGAGGUUCUGGGGGGAGACAUGAUGUCUCAGAGUCAGUCGUUUGGCUCCUAUCUGUCUCCAAUGUCGGAGUUCAGUGACUUAACAAUGGUCAAGCCCAGCAGCACGCUUGACUUUAAGGAUACGUUACGAGGACUUGAUGCGUCAUUGCCAGACAGCGCGUGGACCUUCGAGUGUCAGCAGGUGAGCACGCGUUGUGUUGUGAUUUCUUUCGUGAGGUCAAGCUUUUGA